UGUUCCUUAAGUCCCGUACCAGGUUGUUACGACCUUUGACUUGACAUAGCUCUAGCAGCCAACAGUAAUUUUUGUGGGCCACGUGAAUUUCCUACGGCAAUCGAUCGACGGCCAUCUAUCGAACCUACCAACAACUUCUUUCGGAGCUUCGUUAUUUUUAUUGUAAUUUACCGUACACAAAAGUCGCGUCGAAACAUCUAUUCUUUCCUCCAACAAACCAUUCCCGAUGCCUAAAUAGGCUCCCGGGAUCCGAAUUGACAAUGUUGUUUCCUGAGAGCGACGCGUCUCUACUUCGAGCGUGGAUCAUAAAGCGCCUCGCUAACACAUCCGAUGCAGAUGCUGAUGUUCUUGCCGACUAUGUCCUAGCACUGUUGCGACACGAUGGUGAUGUCGAUGCCAUUCGUAGGAUCUUUGAGGAAGAAAUUCCUGAUUUCCUAAGAGAAGAUGCUGCUGCUUUCACCAACGACGUCUUUCAAGCCAUCCAAUAUCGUUCCUAUCUACCGGGAGCUCAUCCUGCGCCUCCUACCACACGUCCAGCCUUUCCACCUCCCGCAGCUUCGACCAAUGUCCCUUUGUUGUCGCAAUAUCCACUCCAGUUACCAUAUGGCGCACCCCCGACAGCACCGACUUUCAGCCAAGGCGGAUCGCGUAAACGGUCCUACCACGAUCGAGAUGAUAAUGACGUGGACAUAAUAUUGACAAGCCAGGGCCCUUUUCAAGGCCCCCAACCAUACAAGUACUCUCGAAGAGGAGGGGGUUUUUCGCAGCGCGGUGGAAGGUAUGACGAAAUGUAUGGAAGUAGAGAGCAACCUGGAUUUCCUCCUACUUAUGCGACAUCUACUUCUGCUCGUUACGGACAGCCCCCAGUACCGUCCCUACCACCACCACCGCAUUUCCAAACUUCUCAACACGGCCAGGCCAUGCCGCCCCUUGAUCCAAAUAGCAUCCUCGAUAAUAUACAGCGCUUACAACAACUGGGCAUCCCAAUUCCACAACUGCCCGAUCUCCCCAAGCCGGUAUAUUCUGGGUCUAUCCCCCCGCCGCGCCGAAAGAAGCAGCGCUGCAGAGAUUUCGAUGCGAAAGGAUAUUGCUCUAGAGGGGGGCACUGUAGGUUCGAGCAUACCACCGAACCUCCGGCAAUGCAUCAUCCGGCUGGCCCCUUAGUAGGCGAUGAAUACGACCCUAACAAUGCAGUUUUCCCGAUGCCAUUUAUGGCCAAUCAGUCCCAACCUCAAACAUUUAAGCCUCUAGAUCCAGCCCCUUUUCCAUCUAUGCCGCCAAACAAUCGUCGUGAGCACAACAAGCUCAAGCGAUCCAAGGGCCGCCCGCCCUUUGCUGCUAAUGGACCAGUGCACGAUAAGAGCAAAACUUCUAUAGUUAUUCAGAACAUCCCCAACGAGCACUUCAGUGAGAGUGAAGUCCAAAGCUAUUUCUCCCAGUUUGGCACUAUCUCCAAAAUUUCGAUGCAAGAAUCUGAUCAAUUGGCCAUUGUUAAAUUCAGCGACUGGGAUGCAGCACACGCAGCUUGGAGUUCGCCUAAGGUUAUAUUUGACAACCGCUUUGUCAAGGUGUUCUGGCACAAAGAUGAAAGUGAGACUGGGCCAGCUUCAGCAAAUGGCAAGGCUGUAAACGGCAUCAAGAAUGGGGCCACUAACGGCAGCAUACCCAGUGGCGAGAGCGAGCUAGCAGAGCCGUUUGAUCUGGAUGAAUUCAGGCGCAAGCAGGAUGAGGCACAGAAAAUCCACGAUGAAAAAACUAAGAAACGGCAAGAACUUGAGCGUCAGCGCCAAGAGUUGGAAGAUAGAGAGAAAGAGCUUCGUGCGCGUCAGCUUGAGGAAAAGCGUAAACUGCAAGCUAAGCUUGCUGGCAAGGGUACGACUGGUCCGUCGUCUGGAACGACGACGGACGGUACCAGCAAGAAGCCUACCUCGCAGACAGAAGCUCUACGAGCCCAAUUAGCUGCGCUAGAAGAAGAGGCAAACGUCCUAGGCAUUGAUCCCGAUGCCAUUCAGGAUGACUCAUCUUGGACAACUAGAGGUCGGGGUAGGGGUAAUCGGGGAUAUCGUGGUCGUGGCCGUUAUCCCCCUAGAGCUCUGAGAGGUGGGUAUGGGUAUCAGGGUAGAGGUGGUUUAGACGCAAGACACGCUGCCUAUGCCGCGUAUUCCUUGGACAACAGACCAAGGAUCAUUGCCCUAUCAGGAGUAGAUUUCACCAGCCCGGAGAAGGACGAAGCGCUCCGGGAAUAUCUUUUUGGUAUUGGCGAAUUUAAAGAGAUACACGCCGAUCCAGCUACCACACAUAUUACUUUUAAAGACCGCAAGACUGCGGAACAGUUCAUGUUUGGUGUUUCCGCUAAUAACUCUAUCCCGGGGCUCGAGGACAAGAUUGAAGCUACAUGGACGAACUCUGCGCCUCAAUCGGAAGCCAAACCAGCUACUGACGCUGAUGUACAAAUGACCAAUGUUGUGGAUGUUGUAGAAGAAGAGCAGGCGACUAGGGAGAAGGCUAGCGCUGAAGGAAGCAGUGUCACCGUAGGGCUCGAGGAAGGUGAAGUUGAUGAUACACAGGGUAGGGACCAGCAUGACAUGGAUUAUGAGGCCGGUGAAGACUGGGGCAUUUCUUAGAUAACACGAGGGAAAGGGAAGGGGCAUAGCAUGCAUACAAAUCAUGUUGGGCGGAACCAAAGCAUAUAGUGUACACUACCUAGGUAAUUUUUCAGGCGGCCGUGGAAAGGAGGGCAUCGGUGUUACCGCUUUGCUAGGUGGCGGGUUAGACGAAAAGUCCGUCAAACAUGAGGGUGCCUUUGCGAAUACAGACACGCUUUUCGUGAA